UGAGCUCAUGCCUGUAUCAGUAGUAUAGCACAGUAGAAAGAAAGCAGAAGUUGCCUCGCAAUUUUGCACUUGAGGGAUCAUUUACAUAGUUGUGGGCCCGUAGUGAGUCUAUAUGCACACGGAGGUGGCUGAUACAGCUGGAGUCAGUGGUCGUCACUUCUUUUGGAGUUGUAUAGUGAACUGUAGCCUUCACUGCACAAGAUGGCUUUGGGCACAACUUACCAACACAAGCUGGCUGAAAAGCUCAUGAUACUAAAUGACAGAGGGAAAGGAGUAUUGAUCCGCAUCUAUAACAUCAAAAAGACAUGUUCAGAUACCAAGACAAAACCUCCCUAUUUCACAGAGAAGUCUAUGGAAUCAUCUCUAAAAUACAUCAACAAGAAGUUCCCAAGCAUCGAUGUUCGAAGCAGUACGCAACAUCUCGGACCAGUGCACAAAGACAAAACAGAGAUAGUGAAAAGUCUUACUGGCUAUUACCUGACAUUUGUGGAUGUAAUGGAAUUUCGGGAUCAUGUGUAUGAGUUGCUGAACACAAUUGAUGCUUGCCAGUGUUACUUUGAUAUUAAUGUAAACUACACCUUCACUAAGAAUUACCUUGACCUGAUAGUGACUUACUUCUCCGUCAUUCUGCUAAUGUCACGGAUUGAAGAUAGAAAAACGCUAGUUGCUCUUUACCACUGUGCCCUUGAAAUGCUACAAAGCCACAGUGAUCCAUCAUAUGCCCGUCUGGGGCAGAUGUUACUGGAGUAUGACAGCCCAUUGAAAAAGUUAAGUGAAGAAUUUGGACCUCAUACUAAGACAGUAACUAAUGCCUUGAUGUCCACGCACUUCCUCUUCUGUCGGAGAUCUCAUUCAGGAGAACAAUGGAGAGGGGCUCAACUGUUCAGUCUUCUUAGCAAUCCUGCAGCAAUGAUUUCCCCAUGUACCUCAGACAUGAUGCCCUGUGAAUAUUUACCUUUUGAGACCAUGGAAAGAUGGAUCCUGAUUGGGUUUCUGCUAUCACACAGUGCAUUGAAUGCACACCAGGCAAGCUUAGAGCUUUGGAAAUUGGCUCUUCAGGGCUCUCACUGUAUCACAUUGAUCCGGGAUGAUGUUCUGCUAAUACACCGUGUUACUGAGGACUUCUUUGGCAGCAUAAAAGGGUAUGGGAAACGUGUGGCAGACGUGAAGGAAUGCAAAGAAAAUUUCAUGAUGCACAGCGGACAGUUUCAUCGCGCCAGACGUGCAUUUCUCAGGGGGGCAGUAAAGGAGCUGGAAACCAUUCUAUCAGAUGAGCCUGGCCUGCUGGGCCCCAAGGCUCUGUAUGUAUUUAUGGCUUUAUCCUUUUGCCGCAAUGAGAUUAACUGGCUGGUUCGACAUGCUGAGAACGUCACCAAAACUAAGACCCCAGAAGACUACAUUGAUGUACAUAUAGCUGAAUUGAUGUUUUGUAUGGAGCAGCUACGGACACUGGUGAGGAAGCACCAGUCCAUCAUUCAGAGAUAUCACAUCCAAUACCUGGCAAAAUUUGAUGCUUUGGUUCUUAGUGACAUCAUACAGAAUCUGACUGUUUGUCCAGAGGAGGAAUCUGUAAUUAUGUCCUCAUUUGUAAGCACCCUAUCAGCACUGAAUGUGAAGCAAGUUGACAACAAGGAGACAUUUGAUUUUAGAGCUUUAAGGCUUGAUUGGUUCCGGCUGCAGGCAUAUACCAGUGUAUCAAAAGCUCCACUGUCUUUGCGUGACAACCCAGACCUGGGCAAAGUGAUGAACCUCAUCAUGUUUCACACCUGGAUGCUGGACUCUGUGGAAGAGCUACUUACCGAGACCUCUGACCUCUCCAUAUUUUGUUUUCAUGUUCGCACAUUUGAGAAGAUGCUGUUAUUAUCAUUGGACGAGCCGUCCGCUAUGCGUUACUCCAUUUCCUUCCCGUUGGCUUGUGCUCACUUCUCAAGUUGCACCCAUGAGAUGUGCCCAGAGGAGUACCCCCAUCUGAAGACCUGCAGCCUAGGGCUGUGUAACAACUUUCUAGAUGAAAUCAGCAAGCAGGCCAGCAUCUGUAUCAUGGACAUCUGUGCAGAGCAGAGUAACCUCUCUGAGAAGUUGCUGCCAAAGCACUGUGCCACGACUAUCAGCAAAGCCAGGAACAAGAGACUGAAAAAGCCACCACCCAAGAAAGCAGAACCUGAGAAAGAAAAACCAGGAGCAGAAAGCCAACGUAAAGACCGCAGCGUGACCACAAACAUGGACAAACUACAUCUGACUCUCUGUGAACUGUCCAUGUCUUUAAACCAUGUAAGGAGUAUUCUGGUGUUUGAGCAUGUGAUCACCCCAGCCGAGUACCUCAGCUCUAACUUAGAGAUGCGACUCAGUCGGGCCUUGGUGUCAUUAUUGAACUGGAAUCCAACCACACAUGAGAUCCAGCGCCCCUCAGAGGUCCUGAGUGGAAUACGAUCUUACCUUUGCACUCUGCAGUCUGUUGCCCAUGUAGUAAAUAUUGAUAUCACACACUCUAUCCGGAACACCAUGCUGCAGCAGUCACAGCCGACAGAUGCUUCAGGAGAGCAAACCAUUGCUUCACUAUACAACAACUGGUACUUGGAAUGUCUCCUUCGCCAAGCUAGCACAGGGCUAAUUGUGUAUUCUCCAAGAAUGAAAUGCUUUAUGGAUCUACCAGCAGAAAUCAGCAGGGAACAAGGCCUGAAUGCUGAGGAGUACACAGAUGUUUCAGAACUGAAAGCUUUGGCUGAAAUGAUUGGUCCAUUUGGGAUGAAGUUUCUGAGUGAGAACCUUAUGUGGCAUGUAACAUCUCAAAUUGCAGAGUUAAAGAAACUUGUUGUGGAGAAUAUGGAUGUGUUGGUACAAAUCAGAUCCAACUUCAGCAAUGCCGAGCUGAUGCCGUCUCUGUUAGCCAAACUGAGCUCUCCGGAAAGCUUGCUGAAAAGAAUGACCAUCAUUGGAGUGAUCUUGUCUUUCCGUUCACUGGCUCUGGAAGGCCUUAGAGAGGUUUUCACCCAGCACUGUCCUAACCUGAUGGGUCCAAUUGAGUACCUAAAGGAUUUUGUCACUCCUGACCUUGACAUACAGGUGACUCUUAGUAUUUUUGAGUUGGCGACCUCAGCUGGCAUCCCCUGUGAAGUUGACCCCAGUUUGGUGGUGGCUCUGUCAAACAUGAAAACAGAAAGCUCAUCCCUGGAGGAAGAAUACAAGGUGGCCUGUUUGCUGCAGGUGUUUCUGGCAGUCUGUCUACCACUGCUGGCCUCUGAUCCCAUGUGCUUUUACAAUAUUGAAAAUGAUGGUUACAAUAACAACAGUCAUUGCUUGGCCAAGGCUAUCAUUCAGGUCUCAGCUGCCUUCUUCACUAUAUACCAUAAGAACAUUGAGACCCACCUCAAGGAAUUCUUGCUGAUGGCAUCAGGGAGCCUGCUACACCUCGGGGAGGAAACAGACAAACUAAAAGCCAGAUACAGAGAGUCUAUUUUACUUCUGCUUCAUCUUAUUGUUGAGGAGUCCUCGUUCCUUACUGUAGACAUGCUGGAAUCCUGCUUUCCAUAUGUGUUACUCCGAAAUGCCUACCAUGAAGUCCACCGGACCUUUUCCACUAUGACAUUAUCUUGAUUAUUACUUAUUAUCGUCUUUUGUGGUGCUACUGACUGUCGGCCUAAUUCAUAUUUGUACGCAUAUGCAGAAUGGGUCUUGCGAUGUCACUCGCAGACCCCUGUCAGCUGCAGCAUGAUUGAUAUGCUGCAGUAUUUGGGGGCAGCACCUGGCACCAUUCUUCAAAACGGGGGCAUCUCAUCCCUAUUUUGAAAGCAUUAGCAUUUUAAAUACACGGAAUUGCACAGAUGCUUCCUUGCGGCUGUGCGGUUCCAUACAAUCAUGAAUUAGGCCCUAUGUUACCAGCAUACAGUACUGUAUACUCUUUCCCAAGCAGGCACCAGAUAAGCUUUACAAUGUGUAGAGUACUAACACUUGCAAGAAUUGCCUUCCAUACAGGUAAAUGUGAGCAGCAGUACCUGAGGCUGAAUUCCAGUCUCUGCUGCCAGUGUGCAGAAUAAUGUGAUCAUAUUCUUACAGGACUACCAAUGUGUAAUAGGUAACCUGUUUAUGUGCAGUAUAUAUCUGUUAUAUAGCUAAACUAGUGUAUUUAGUGAGCGCUACGGCAAAAUAUAAACAUCAAAACACAAAGGAUUUUCUAUCGAUUAUGGUCAACUUCAGCCAGAGUAAAUCUCAUGCUACAUUGCUUUCAAAAAGCCAAAGUUGUAAUUGUUUUUUACAUUCUUAUUUGUUUUUCCGAACACUCAACUGAUAUCUAUUACACUGAGACGCACUUACUAAAUGAUAUAAAUUGUAACAGAGCAAAAAUAAGGCUAUUGCAGACAUCAAUGAGCCGCAACGUACCAUCUUGAGAAGGCAUCUUGUCACUGUUUUAUGUUCUUGGAAUUUUCUAAUUCGCUUGCAUACAUUAAUUCUACAGAUGAGCUAAUGCGUAGGAUUUGUUUUUCACCUAAUUUCACAAGUACUGUACUUUCAUCUACAAUAAUAGCUCUGGAACAAUAUCUUGUGCAAUCUUCCUUUAAAUAAAGCUUCA